AUGUUACCCGUGUCCCGGAUAUCUCCCUUCCUGCUUCUUGUGGGCCUUGUGUGUGUUGCGUUUGCUCAUGAUGGUGGAAAAGGAGGUCUACAACGGCUUGUAGGUGGUGUUCGUGCCCUUCCCGGCGAAUUCCCGUCGAUGGUGUCAAUCCAACGGAUUAUUCUUCUAACCCGUGCCAGCCAUGUCUGCGGCGGAUCCGUGCUCAACCAGUUCCACGUGCUGACGGCGGCGGAGUGUUUCUUCACCAACCAGAACAGCCGCUACCGGGUUCAGGCGGGCAAGGUGCUGUUGAACAGCUUCGAGUCGAACGAGCAAACGAUCAACGUGCUCCGGUUCACGAUGCACCCGUUCUACGAUGGUUCCGUCAGCCCGUAUGACAUUGCGACCGUCCGAUUGGCGUCACCGUUCGGAUACAACGACUACAUCCGGCCAAUCGCACUGCCGACGAUCGAUUCCAUUCCCGAGGGUAUCGCCAAGUUCGCUGGCUGGGGCUCGACCGCCACCGGUAUCAUCCCGAGCAUGCCGGACCAGCUGCAGAUGUUCCAGGUGGCCAUCAUGCCCAACAACGAGUGCCAGAUCAGGAUGGGAGGAUCGGUCGGCAGCGGUCCGGUUACGGAGCGUAACGUUUGCCUCGGUCCGGCCACCGGUGGAAUUGGGGCGUGCAGUGGAGAUGCUGGCGGUGCAGCCGUGCAGCGGAUCGAUGGAGUGGACACGAUCGUCGGUAUUAUCUCGUGGCAGGUUUCACCGUGCGGCCAACCGGGCAUUCCUUCCAUCACGACCCGCGUGUCAGCGUUUAUCGAAUGGAUCAUUUUCAACUCUCAGGUGUAA